UGUACAACAAAAUAUACAUUAUGCAAGUUACAAAAGACUGAAUAGCUGAAUCUAAUUUAUUAUUUCCAAUUAGUACUUGAAGUUUGGACUGUUGUGCCUACCUACGACGGUUCCGUGUUUAUACUUCGCACUUUCACAGUUCGCAAUGCUGUGUAAAUAGUUGAUAGCUGUUACGAGUUAUAUGAAGUCUAUGGACCGAUUUGUUAAAAGUAGGAACGUAAUAUUAUGUAGUCCACUACGUAAAUGGUUUCCCGUGAAUAUGUCAACUGCAACACACGUAUUACACGAUUGACAUCUGAAUAAUGAUCAUUUGAUAAUAUUGGCUGUACUAAAUUAUUAUGGUUUUAAAUAUGAAAGUUACUUGGAACUGGACCGAGCUCUGUGGUCCCAGUGAUUUUGUUCCAAUAUUUCGACCAGGGUAUGUGUUGAGUAUCUGUGGAGAAAUGGCAGUCAUUCGCCUGCCUGUUCUGUUUAUAUUCUUGUUGACAUCAACAUAUUACUGUGCUCAUCUGUCCGAUUGGAUAAUACGUACGAGGCGCGAAACCAAUGUUCUUCGUAGCCGUAUAAUUAUUGCUAGUAUGCUGUCAAUGUUACCAGCAGUUCAACUGAUUUGGGAAGUUUACGAAUUCACUGAAAACCAACUGUAUCCGAUCGAAAAUUUAGUUUUAGUAAUACAAUGUUUUACAUGGUUGGUACAUACAUUAUACAUUGUAUGUAUACUCCAUCAUUUGGGAACGAGCUUAAGAGGUUCAAAAGUUGUAAUAAUUGCUUGGUUUUUAUGUUUUUUAUCAUCAAUUAUAUCCUUACGUAGUACUUUCGUAGUAUUUAUCGAAAGUAAUUAUGAACCUAUUUUACAAGCAAGAUUGUGGUUCACGUUAUUCAAUUGGAUGCUUCAGGUGUUUUAUUUCAUUACCAUGCUCUUCAAAGAAGACACUGUAAGAAUAAGACAUGUAGACAGACUUCGUUUUCUUGCCCAGCAAUCACUCGAGAGACGUUCUUUAAUGACAUCAUCAUAUAGUCGUUUUAAUGAUGAAUUUGAUCCAUACUAUUUGGGUAUGGCAUGUGAUAAUGAACACUAUGGUUUUAUGUCCUGGCUCACGUUUGGUUGGGUUGGUAAUUUAAUUACCAAAGGAGACAACAAAAGAUUGCAUCAUACAAACGAUUUAUUUGAUUUACCCGAAUGGCUGACCCCAGUAAAUGUAUCAGCUAAAGUGGAAGAAGUAUUUAGACAUCAGCCCUCUGUGACAGCUGCAUCACCAAUUCAUUUGCCUUCUGACCAUGAAUCUAGAGUACCAAAAAUUUCAUUGCUACAAGCUCUACACAAAUGUUAUGGAAAACAAUUUUAUGGGAUUGGAUUACUAAAAUUAUUUGCAGACAUUUUUGGAUUUGCAGCGCCUAUUUUUUUAAGUAAACUUAUUACAUUUGUAUCGCACCAUGAAGAACCGAUAAGUCAUGGAUAUGUAUACAUGGCAGGGCUUGUUUUAAUGUCACUAAUAAGUACAUUAUUUGGUACUCAUUAUGAUUACCAAAUACACAUGCUCGGAAUUAAAAUCAGAGGUGCUUUAGUCACAAUGAUUUAUAAAAAGACAUUAGAAUUAAAUACUGUAAUGCUGAAUAACUUUAGUAUUGGGGAAAUAGUAAAUUUUAUAAGUACUGAUACCACUAAUUUAGUAAACGCUUGCAACAGUUUCCAUUCAAUGUGGAGUGUACCUUUUCAAUUGAUUGUUGUUUUAUACUUACUUUAUCAACAAUUGGGAAUCGCUUUCUUGUCUGGAGUGUUUGUAUCUAUUUUACUGAUACCGGUAAACAAGAUAAUAACUUCAAAUAUUGGUAUGCAGGUAAAUUAACUGGAAAAUUGAUGACAGAAAAAGAUAAACGUGUUAAAUUGAUGUCUGAAAUUAUUAGAGGUAUUCGAGUAAUUAAAUUCCAUGUUUGGGAAAAAUAUUUUAUUGAC